UUUUUUACUUUUGAAAAUUUGAAUUUUUUACAUUUAUCAAAGUUUUAAAUUUAUCAAGUUUUUUUUACAUUCUUCAAAGUAAACUUUAUAAUAACAUUUUAUUUUCACGGGAUAAAAAAAAAAAAAAUUUACAAAAAUGAUUUCUAAAAAGUUAAGAAUUUUGAUGCUAAUGGGAAUAUUCAUUAUUCAAGUUAUUGUUGUAAAAUCACAAACCUAUUCAGUGAAUCCAAUUUUGCCCUCGGGAAACCCAAAUCCAACGGAUGGACCAAUUUCACUUACAAAUCAUGUUAUUAAAGUUGGUUAUAUGGAAACUGGAUUUAGUAGAAAUAAUUUCACUGCUAGUAAAGGCAAUGUAUUAUGGUGGAUGUGGACAGGUAAAGGUUUACAUUCUGUAGUAGAAUCAACUCUUGAAAAUCCAUGUCAAAGUAAAGUAGGAGGUUUUAAUCUUGGACAACAUACUGAACCAUAUAAUAUUACUAUGGCCGUACCUGAAGAUAGAACAUAUGUUUUCUUUUCUGAUGUAGCUGACGAUUGUAAGAAAGGAAUGUAUGGUGGAAUAAAUCUUCCUCAAGAUUAUACUUGGCCAAAAGAUUUAUCUCAACCUCCACAACAAAUUGUUACAACACCUUUAGGUCCAACACCAACAGCUACCGUUUCAGGUUCAAUGUCAAUCGCAGCAGCAGAUGCUGAAAGUACUAGUAAAUCUGUAUCUAAUUCAUCUUCAACUUAUUAUUUAAAAGAAUCUAGUUUUGGUAUAAUUGUCGGAAGCUUGGUUUUAAUAAUUUCAAUUUUAAUAUUGUAACUAACUAUUUAGUUAUAUGUACAUUUUUUUUUUAUUUUAUUUAUUAUAUUAUUAUUAAAAUCAUUAAAAUACAUUUAUUAUUAUUAUUAAUCAUAAUAUAGGGGU